AUGCUGCGCCAAAGUCUGAAAAAGCUUGUCCCUCUGGGUAACGCCAUUGUUUCUCAAAGCCAGAGAAAUAUUGGAGCUUCUGCUGCUCUUACACAGAAGGGCAGUCUAGACCCAAUCCAGCAGUUAUUUGUUGACAAGAUUAGGGAAUAUCGGACCAGGUCUGCAGGAGGCAAGCUUGUUGAUGCUUCUCCAGAGACCGAGGGGAAACUGAAUGAACUUCUUGGCAACCUGGAGCGGGCGUUCGGGGCACGAGGAGUUGACAUGACUCAGUUUCCAACAUUUAACUUUGCAGAACCUCAGUUGGUCUGGCCAGGCCUCACCCAGGACCAGAUCAACAAAGUGAAGGAAACAAUAGAGGCUGAAGCGGAGAAAGAGAGAUUGCUGGCGGCAGAGAAAGCAGAGGAGGUCAAACCUGAAUAUUUUGAUGGUUAA